UUUACCAAAGGCUUUCCUUUCAUUCACAUUUACCUGUGUCGUUGUUAAUUCCCUUCUCGUACGACACGGCCCCAAACAGCGGCGACGAUACCUCCUACGACGUGCUAACCUUGAAAAAUAUCAUAGAGACCGCUCAUUAAUUUUCGUAUCACGCGAUAGACAGUCCGCUUGAACCCGCAUGAUGAAGAGCGCAAUGAAGAGCGCGACAUCACGAUGUCUGCUGCUCCUUGUAGUGGCGUCUUGCUUUUUGCUUUCAGUUGCACAUGCUCCACAUCAGCUACUUGAAGAGCGAAAGCCUAAUCUUCAUGUACGCCAACAAACUAUAUCUGCGCCUCUCGUGGGAGCCACAAGUGUGGCCCCCAUAACCACGCCGCCCACCACAACUCCUACAACUACAGCUCCGCAAACGACGUCAACACCGUCGACUACAUCGACACCUCCUACCACUACUACCCCGACCGAAACGACGACCACGCCAUCGUCAACCUCCACUACCGCCCAGACCACCACCACACCACCUUCCCAGACCACUGCCACCAUCCCGACCGCGGCUCCCCCUCCGUUGACCACCUCGGUGCAAGUUACCACCAAUUCUGCUGGCGAGGUACUUACCAGCACUGUUGUCAUUACACCCACGUCCGACCCGAGCUCGUCGAGCACACAAUCUUCUCCUACUAGCAGUAGUAGCUCUGGUAGCUCUGGUGGCCUUGGCACAGGCUCCAUUGUUGGUCUUUCUGUAGCGGGUGGUGUUGCAGUUAUUGGCAUCAUCUCAUUCUUUAUUUGGAAGUUCACCAGAAAACGCUUCGCAGACUUUGAUGACAAUGAAGCAAUCAAGUGGCCAGAACUGAACACCCAUGGCUCUGAUGUCCAUGCGUUGCCAACCAAAUCUACGGGCCGGUCAGGUUUCGGUGUAGAAAACGAGUCCGAGGUGAACCUCGCACGCGCACCCAGUCCCGGUGGAUAUGCCCAUUCCGUAGCCGCCAACUCGCUUCCUGAGACCUAUGUAAAUUCACCAGACCCAUACGCCGUCCCUCCUCUCCCACACCUCAACCCCAACCAACCCUACCACGACGACCCCGGGACCUACGGCCAGCCAGACUACUAUGAUCCCUAUCGUGGCCCCGUGCCCAACACGUUUGGUGACGGCUUCUCAGAUGGCCAUACUACAGAGACCAUUCAGAUGACGCGGAUGGCCCGGACCAGGAGUCCGGGUCCACAGAUGGGGUAUGAUGUGCAAGGACGUGCUUCCCCAGGUCCGCAGGCGGCCAUGGGGUAUGCACUCGAUGGCCGGUCGGCAAGUCCCGCAAUCGGUGCUGGUAGGGCAUCUCCAGGCCCGCAAAAUGCAUAUGGAUACGGGCCGCGAUGAGCGCUUCUCGGGGACGAGGCAAACGAGGGGAGGCAAGGACAAAUACGAGAAUAGGACAAAGUUGCUGGAUAUUGUUAGAUGUCAUCCGGAAAAUUUGUGGGGUGGAAUGCUAGUACAAGGCUGCUGCCGACUCGACAUGGAUCUGCUACGACAACUUACGGACUGCAAUGGACGGUCCUUGGUUCGCCAUUAUGUGGUUGGUCACGUUCUAACACUUGUCUACGAUAUCU